GGUGAGGAGGCAGAGGAAGGGUCUGUGCGCGUCACUGAUAGGAGGGCUGUAUUAGUGUGUAUUAUGGGUGUAUCGCACCGAGUGCUGUGCUGCUGUCGCCGAGAGAGCUUCACCUGCCGCCGCUGUUUCUCCGCUCAUGGACUAGUGGAGUAGUUCGGCACAUGACGGAGAGCAACGGGAAGCACGAGCCAAAGCACCAUCUACCUCGCUGCCUCAGCAACCACUGUAGAGUCGCUUAAGAGACGCUCGUUAUUUAUGUGUAUUUAUAUUUAUUUGUAACGCGCGCGUUUCGUAUCUGCAUUGCACUGAAUUUGGCGCCCCGAUGCUUUUACAUCAGUUCGUGAAUGGGACGCUGGAGACCAUGUAUCCCAGUGUUCAGAAAGACACGACUCUCACCAAGAUCUUCGUCGGCGGUCUGCCGUAUCACACCACGGACGCGUCGCUGCGGAAAUACUUCGAGACUUUCGGCGACAUCGAUGAAGCCGUGGUGAUCACGGACCGGCAGACGGGCAAGUCCAGAGGAUACGGCUUUGUCACUAUGAUAGAUAAAAGUGCAGCUGAGAGAGCUUGUAAAGAUCCCAACCCUAUUAUUGAUGGACGCAAAGCUAAUGUGAACCUGGCAUACCUCGGGGCCAAACCACGCAGCCCACUGACAGGAUACUCGACCGGCGUACAGCAGGUUCAUCCAGCCCUCAUCCAGAGGCAGUAUGGACUCAGCCAGCCGUAUGUUUACCCUCAGGCCUUCCUGCAGCCCAGUGUGGUUCUGCCCGCACAGGUCACCUCCAGCGCCUCGACCCCUUAUCUUGACUUCAGCACUGCCUACACUCAGUACGCCUCCUCGGCCUUUGAGCAGUAUCCCUACGCCCCCUCGCCAGGCUUUCUGAGCUACAUGUACCCUCCAGGCACCCCCGGGCCCUCUGCCACAAACAGCCCGGUCCCCACAGCCCUCCCCUCCAUCGGAGGAGCCCCCAGCUCAGCCUUCAUCCAGAUCCCUCCUCAUCAGCUCCACGCCGACCGCCUGUAGGUCAGGCCACAGGGACCCAGCGAGUAAGCUGAAAUUGCACUAGAACAUCAUCAUUUUGGGACAGGGAACUGUGACAUCAUCAGCCUGAGACUGGGGUCGAAUACAAAGGGCUUCAAGUUAUUCUGCUUUUCAUCAACCCUAAGUUUAUGGACUUUUACUCUGACUGGUUACUCUUUAUGAUUAAUAUUGAUAUAUUAUUGGUAGAAUAUUGUUGAAUUACCAAUAUUAGAUGAAUAAAUGGCAAAUUGAAGGGUUGUAAUGCAGACGGACCAAUGAAGGAGAAGAAACGAGAGGUUAUACACACACAACCGUUCAAAAGUUUGGGGUCUAUAAGAUUUUCUAAUGGUUUUAAAAGACGCCUCUAAUGCUCACCAACCCUGUAUUUAUUUAAUUUAAAAUACAGAAAAUAUUGUGAAAUAUUAUUACAGUUUAAAUUAACUGCUUUCUAUAUUAAUAUGUUUUAAAAUAUAAUUAAUUCCUUUGGUGCAAAGCUGAAUUUUUGCAUUUCUAAAUAUUAUCAUCAAUGUUGGAAACAGUUGUGCCGUUUCAUCCUUUUUGUAGAAACCUUUCUAAAGCAUUCUUUAAUGAAGAGAAAAUUCAAAAGAACAGUAUGUUAUUUCAUAUAGAAGUGUCUUUCUUUCAAUUUAAUGCAUCCUUGCUGAAUAGAAGUAUUAAUUUCGUUAAAAAAAAAAAAAGUUCUUGACCCCUAAAGUAUGAACGGUAGUGUGUAUAUAUAUGCCAUUAAGUGACAGUUUUUUAAGUUUUGAUGGUGUGCAUCUGUGCAGGAAUAUCUGUUAAGCACAAAGCCUUAGAGACUUCUCCAGUUUAUAUAUAAUAUGUGUGUGUUUAUAUAUAAUAUAUGUGUAUAGCUGUUCUUAUGAUACAAAUGUGCUUCCCUCUUUCUGAGCGAAAAUAUGUGAAUUUUUUUAACCAGGCUUUUUCCAAGAAUAGCUAACUUUUCUAGAAAUGUAGCAUUGCCAAGGAUUUGUAAUUCAGCUUCUCAGUGUCACCUAAAGUCUCUUCCAUCCGAGCAGUUCCUUUCCUUCUGAUUCCUCGCAACUUAAGUAGCUCCACGUACAUUAAUCCAGCAUUCAGUAACACACUGAUUCAAGAUGCUCUGUAGCUCGCCUGUCAAUAAUCCUGUGGAAAUAGACACAGAAUCACAGAGUAUUAAUCAUAUCCUAAUUCUGCUUCAUCUGUGAUGCUUUUUAGCCUCAGUUUUGGUCUGCUAAAAGGACAAACGAAAGAGUAUUGUGACAGAUGUCCGCGUGGUUGCUCCACGAAUGACACUACAGGACAACAGACCAUCGGGAACAUGCAGGAAAACUUGAGAAAGGUCUUGACUGAUGAAACGUUUGGACAGCACAAGAGGACAUUGCCAGGACAAUCGGUUUGUUUUCACAAGAACAGUGUUGUCAUGAAUCUGCCCUGAGACACUCGGCUCAAAAUAUGAAAAUACCUUACAGUGAAAGCCAUAAGACCAGAACAUGCAAAACAAGUAAUAAAGUCAAUUUGCAAAAACUGA